AUGGCUUUGGAGACCAGCGCAGAUAUUUCUCACCGAGCUCGGCGCAUCCUGAUUGGCGCCAAGAUGAGGCAGUCCAAGGAUUCCUGGGAUGAGCUCUUCCUCUCAGCGGACAAGGACCGGUCAAAGUCUUUGGACCUCAAGGAGCUGAAUCAGGCCAGUUUCCAGUCUUCCCCAACAGGUGCGCAAUUCACCUGCGAGGAUCGUGGCUGGUCGGACGAUGUCUGCAAGCCCAAGGGCACGAAUGUCACUGGCUAUGGCUUGCUACCGCCAAGUCCAGACUGGAUAGCCAUUCGCAAACGAGAGGCUUCCAAGCAAAUCCAGGCCAUGCGGCGUCCUCAGAAAGGCAAGACCUUGGUAAUUUUCCACAAUGGCCAUGGCAUGUCCAAGGGCUGCCCAACUUAUGGAGACACAGACGGAAGUGUGGACUGGCUCAACCAGAUGGGUUUUGACGUCGCCACCAUCAUGAUGCCCUUCAAAGACUGCAACUCCAAUCCGUCAGAUCCCCCGAGUCUGCAUGCCUGGUUCAAGAUGUUCGAGGAUAAAAAGCUCCCAUGGUUGCGAUAUUUUUUGGAGCCAGUUAUCAACACCAUAAACUUUGCCAUCUCUUCUUUGUCAUAUGAGAGGAUUAUCAUGAUGGGUCUAAGUGGUGGUGGGUGGACCACAACAUUGGCCGCUGCCGUGGAUCCCCGCAUAGUUCUCUCGAUUCCGAUUGCCGGGAGCCUUCCAUGCGACUUUCGGCACACCAGCUGGGACUUCGAGCAGUUUUGUUCUGACCGCUGGGCACAAAUAGGCAACUAUACCGCACUUUAUGUUCUCGCCGCCCUGGAGUCUCAUCGCACAAGUGCCCAGAUGCUUCACGAAGCCGACCCAUGCUGCUAUCAUGCAUGUGGUCGACAUCUGCGAAUACAGGAGUACAACCAAUAUGUGCGCUCCAAUGUGCAUGGUUUGUUUCAGACAAUCGUGACGCAGGGCAAUCAACACCAGGUCAAUCCGCGAGACAAGGCGAUUGCGGCAAGUUUGAUCGAGAAGAUAGUUCGCCAGGAGGGCAUCAUGGCGACUGACUUGUGCUCCGCCUUCAACCUUCUGAGUGACGAGACGCCAAGCACUUGCCUUGUCUGA